UGAAACAGUCAUUCUCCGCAUGAACCCUCCCAGGGACGUGGACCAUCGAGUGCGAUCGAGAGCGAACAGUGAUCGUUGUAUUCUCAUCAUAGGUCCUGCGUCAGCAGAGAGGACCUUCCUACUUUCAUCCCAGUGAUAAUUCCUGAUAUUUGAAACUGAGUGUGAGAAUUCAGAAUAUAGAAGCUGAGUGAGAGGGCUAGAGAAGAGGCAUAAGUGACCGCCACGAUGUGGGUCCUUAGGGCAAAAAAUCUGUUGUGCAGUUUUGUGAUAUCGUUUGUACUGUGCCAAAGUAUUUCCGCAGCAUCCUGCAAGAGUGGCUGCCCGACACCAAACAAAUCGUCCAAAUACCAGUUCCUACCGGGCAAUGUCUACAGCUACGAUCUGGACAGCUAUGUGCAGGUUCAGUUGACGGCGGAGGAAGUCGACGCCCAACAAACCACCCUCAAGGUCGAAGGCAAGGUUGAAGUUUACGCCGGAGAGAACUGCCAGUACACACUGAAAGUACUAUCCCUGACAACCUAUGCCCCUGAUGGCAAGAAAUCGAACCACAACAAUGACGUCAACAAACCUGUUCAGUUCACGCUUUCCAACGAUGAGCUGCUGCCAGAGAUCUGUGCCGAAGCAAGCGAUUCAGACUUUUCUCUGAACGUUAAGCGUGGUAUAAUUUCUCUGCUUCAAUCGGCCGAAGGAAAGUCUUAUGAAACGGAUGUGUUCGGUGUGUGCCCAACUUCCUUCUCCAACUACGGAAGUGGGGAUACCGUUGUUGUAAGCAAAAAUCGUGAUCUUCUGGGAUGUGGCUACCGCCAAUCAUUCAGUAGCAGUUUGCUGACCAGCAUCGUCAACCCGAAAGCUGCUAUCAAAUCAUCGCCAUUGCUUAACAGCAACUAUAACAGUCAGCAAACUAUCAAAAAAGGAAUUUUGGAAUCCGUGAAGCUCACCGAGGAGUAUCAAUAUGUUCCCUUUGCAAAGCUCAACUCGGGUGCCUUGGCUAAAGUAACGACCAAGGUUACCAACACCGGUACGAAGCAGGCAGGUGCUCCGGCUUUGAAGGCGGGAUCUCCCCGCUCGAUCAUCUUCGAGAAUCCUCAACCUGACUCACAAAGCAAUUUGGAAACAAUCAAACAGGAACUGAAGGUGGUUCUCGAUUCCUACAACAAUAACAACGUGGGCAAACUAACCGCCGCUCAGUUCAAAGAGCUAAUCCACUUGAUGCGUUUUUCCAAAAAAGAUGAUCUCCUUUCGUUGUACCAACAGGUGAAAGCCGGUACUGCUCAUUCCAAUCAAGCUCUCGCGCGCAAGGUAUACUUCGACGCCAUUUUUAGAGUUGGAACUGGUGCCGCUGUUGAAGCAUUAGCUAACCUUUACAAAAACAAAGAAAUCACCGAUCCGCAAGAAAAGAGGUUGCUGUUCGUGUCUCUGAAUCUCGUCAACUCGCUAAAUAAGCCUGCCCUGAAGGCUGCAUUACAAUUGCUCGAUAAUGGAGCGUCUCGUGAGACAUACCUCGGUGUCGGAUCACUGGUCAACAAGUACUGUCAAAAAUACAAAUGUGAAACGGCGGAUAUCAAGGAAGUCUCGGACAAAUUUGCAUCCAAGCUUGGAAAGUGCCAACCAGCCAAUCGCGGUGAGGAAGAUAUCAUUGUUGCAGUCCUCAAGGGAAUCAAAAACUCUAACAAUUUGGUAGCUCCCUUGCUAGACAAAGUGGUCCAAUGUGCGUCAGACAAAUCCUCGGCACGAAUUCGUGUCGCCGCUCUUCAGGCCUUCCCAGCAGCCUCUUGCAACAAGAAGGUUGUAAAUUCCGCUCUUGGUUAUCUUAAAAACACUAACGAAGAUUCAGAGAUUCGUCUCCAAGCUUAUCUAUCACUGAUUGAAUGUCCAUCAGCAGCUGUUGCUAACGAAAUAAAGGCUUUACUGGACAAUGAAAAAGUUUACCAAGUUGGAUCUUUCAUCACCUCCCACCUGGCCAGUCUACGAUCUUCUGCUGAUUACACGCGAGAAGCGGCACGUCAACAUUUAGGAAAUAUUCGUACAACCAACAAAUUCCCCUUCGACUCUCGCCGGUACUCCUUCAACCGUGAGUUCUCAUACGCUGUUGAGUCCCUAGGACUGGGAGCGAGUGUAGAUACCAGCGUUAUCUAUUCUCAGAAAAGUUUCGUACCGAAAUCAGCUGCUCUGAACUUCACCACUGAGAUGUUUGGAAAUGCAUUUAACCUGCUAGAGAUUGAAGGUCGACAGGAUAAUCUGGAUCGCGCUAUUGAACACUACUUCGGACCUAAGGGUAUAUUCCGGGGAGUGGAUCUACAGAAAGCAUUCGACACCCUGAAGGACCAGUACUCCAAACUUUCCCAGAAAGCCCAAAGUCGGUUCCGACGUGGUCUUAAAGAAGAUCUAAGGGCUUUUGCAAAAGGAGUGAACAUGCGAAACGAUGCCUUAGAGGACUUCAACCUCGAUGUGUCGGUGAAAGCCUUCGGUUCGGAACUGCUUUUCCUGAGCGCCAACGAAAAUCUGCCAAGCACAGCGGAAGAGUUCCUGGACAAGGCGUUGGAAUGUUUGGACAAGUUUUUGGAAGGUGCCAAGAAAUUCGACCACGUUUUUGAGCAACACAUACUGCAUAUCGAUGAGGAUGUUGUGUAUCCAACCGCUGCUGGAUUGCCAUUGAAAUAUUCUCUCGAAAGCACUGGCGCUUUACGUCUAGAAACCAGUUUUGAAGCUGACUUGUUGAAUAUUGUGAAGGAUUACAAGAAUGCAAAGUUCAACCUAAAACUGGUUCCAAGCGGUAACUUCGAACUGGCAGGAACACUGAGUGUUGAUGCUUUUACUGUUAGCACCGGUCUCCAACUAUCCGGAACAUUCCAUACUGCCACCGGUAGUGCCGUUAGCUUCGCCCUGCUGGAUGACGGAAAGUCCUAUGAUCUCACUGUUGAGUCACUGUUCAAAAAGCAGGAACUGCUUAGUUUCAACAGUAAACUUGUCUUUGUUACUCGUGAACGUGGAAACCAACUUAUAUCUAUUCCACUCAAGAAAAAUCAACAGGCAAAGGAAUUCAAAGAAUGCUUCGAUAAUCUUUAUCCGAUUAUUGGAGUCACUGUUUGUGCUUCGGCUGGUCAGAAACAGAUCCCCGGAAAAGCUUUGCCUCCACUGGAUGGGGAAUACCACACGGAACUAUUUUUGGAAGUUGAUCCAAAAUAUCAUUUUACCGGAAAGUACGAUGAUUCAGAUAAGCAACAUCAGAGCCUUCUGUUGACUUUUGAUACACCUGAAACGGAAAAGAAGCGCACCACAAGUCUGAAACUGGAAAGUUACUUCAAGGGCGAUGCAUACGUAAAGGCUACUUUGCUAUCCCCAUUACGAAAUGUCGACUUGACCAUUGGAUUAAACAACAACGAGAAAGAAGCUUCAUUAUACGCUCUUGCCCAUAAUGGACCUGAUGAGUACUUGGCGAAGGUGGGCUUCGAGAAGGGUGGAUCGGCGGACAAACAGGAAUACACACCAAUUUUCACGGUGAAAUCUCCCAGUGGUGACGCUCAGGUGUCGAAAGUAGUUCAGACUACAGGUAAAAUUGUAGUCGAAAAAGGCGAAGGCGGCGCGACGAAAUAUAACCUUGAGAACAUUGAAUGGACUAGCCCUUACGCACCCAAGACAACCAUCAACGGCUUGGUUACCCAGAAUGGAGCCAACUUCGAUGCAGAUUUAGCCGUGACUGUUGAUGCUAGCAAACACAACGUCAAGGGACAUCUUGAUUUCAGCCCCAAGCACAUCAACUUCGAUCUAGAGAAGAAAACUGAUGGCGAUGCCAACAAGAACUUCAAAGUGGACCUUGCUCUCGCUUACUCGGAAAACUCGUUCAAGAAUGUGUUCAUCUUCGCCGCCGGUAAGGACUACAACAACCCAACUAAUCGUUACGAAUUGAACCAAAAUGCAGAAUUUGAGAUUGAAGACAAGAAGCUGCAAUCGCUGAAACUGGCGACCAAAGUACAAUUGCAGAAGCAGCUUAUUCGGCUGGACUUUGCUACUAGCAAAAAUCAAUUCAAGCUGGACGGAGAGUACGGUUACGACAAAUACAAAGCAGCUGCUAAUGUUGACGCCAAAUAUAACGAAAGAACUGCUGGAGAUUACGACGUAACGGUUGGAGGAACUCUGAACAAACAUUUCUUCAAAGUCACAUCGAAACGCGUCAUCGAUUCUGCCAAGAGCAAAUUCCAAAAUCGUCUCACGGCUAGCACCGGUACUAAGAUUGAAGUAAACGGUGUUGCAUCCAAUAAGUUCAGCGAACAUGAAGGCGAACUUAAUCUUGAUGGUUUGUUCAUCGCUGUUGACAAGGCUGAUCCCUACAAGAUGACUCUGGUUCUUCAGGUGAAUCCAUCGAGUGUGCUCUCAAAUGCCAAAAUCUUGGUUGGAAAAGAUGAAUUUGCAACGUAUGAUUUAAAAUUGGACCGUACAGAGCAUUCCAACGGCAAAUUUAACUUCGCCGUCAAAGAUUUCCUCGACGGAAACAGCGAAUUCAAAGCCACUAAAGGACAAGGUGAUGGAACCGCACUGAUAACCUUGCUGAAGCAGAACCGCAAGCUGAAGCUGGACACAAAGUUCAAACUUAUCGCGCCGGUGUUCAAUGUCGCCACGGAUUUCUACUACGACUUUGAAAAGGACAAUGCCAAGAAGAUCCAUUUCGAUACCCAGAAUAAAAGAACCAAGGAUAGCAUCGACAGCAAAAAUAAACUCGAAAUCUUUUCAGAAAAAUACGAAUUCAAUGUCCAAGGCCAACAGACCGGACAACUUACGGAUGGAAGUGUGAACGGAAAAUUCUCGUUACUUCUGCCAACCGGUCGAUUGCUGUCUGGUGACUUCAAACGAGAAAUUGACGGUAAGAAUGAGAAGAAGAGCACCGGUAACAUUGCUGCCAACCUCUUCGACAAAUUGCCAAGUGGCAAACAACAAAGCCUCGAAUUGACCGGUAGCAUGAAGGAUGGUGAUUUCAAGGCACGAUUCUUCGAUAUGCUCCACAAUUUUAAGUAUACCAACUUUGAAGGAAAGGAUCUAGAUUUGCACUUGGAUACCAAACAUUUGCCAGCCGGCCACUUCAAGAGUGCUGCAUUCCAUCUCAAAGUGCAGGGAUCGCUGGUGCCACAAGCGACUGAGGUUACAUUUGAUCUAGAUGAGUACUGCGAUGAACACGCUGUCUACCGCGUUGGUGGUAAAUAUGGUGCCGACUUCGAUGGAUCGCUCAGUGGCAACUACCACGUUGGAAAGCCAGGAAAAGCUCACACACACGAACUUAAAGCUAAAGUGAACAUUCCACAAGGCCCAGUGAAAAAUCUUGCCUUAGAAUCGAAGGGCAGCUACCUGGAACCAGAAAGCGAUAAUGGACUGUACGAAUUCGAAUACGCGGGUACUUUAGGCUACAGCGAAAAGCUAAUUUCACUGUCAACGAACGCCAAGGGAAAUGAAAACCACGGAACCGGAAGUCUAAAACUCAGCCUGCCAGAUGUCGAUCCAUUUGCUGCCGAUGUGUCUUACAAUUGCGAAGGUAAGAGUGAUGGUCCAGUUUCAACUAAGGGAACCCUGAAGGUGAACUAUGGAAAGGAUAAGCAUAUUGAGUUCACCGGAGAUGCCAAGGCUCUCGGUGCUGAUGAUGUUUCGGUUCACGCAACAUUCAAAUCCGACUUCGAUAACGCAAAGAAUGUUGAAUUCACCUUCAAGCAUGUCAAGUCCGGUGAUCAUGCUUACCACACCAAGCUAAACCUGGUAGCAGACGAGAAGACCUAUAAUGUGGACAACGCAGUCAUUCUAUCCGAAUCAAGCCCAUCAAUCGAUUUCAAUCUUGUGUACCCAGGCAAGAAUGUUAAAGUCUACGGAGCGUACAAAGUUUUGAGUGACCGUGCAUUCAAAGUGGAGACGAAGGUACUCAACAUGGGUGACUUCAAUCUGGACGCCAAUGUAGAAGCAAACUACCAGAGCUAUGAAACUUUCUAUGUGAAAGCGUUUGUUGACGCUCCUAAGCUGAACGCGAACAAGCUGAGCGCAGAAAUCAACGCCAAACCAGGAAGCAGCGGUAAAGGCGUUGAAUUCCAGGCUUCUUCAGACGGUAAGAACAUUCUGAGUGGGUAUGCCGAUUAUUCCGUCAAGGAACAAGGCAAAAGUACUAUUCUGGAAGGACAAGGAAAUGUCAAACUGUAUGACAAACAGCAGACAGCUACCUUCAAGCUGAUUCGGGAAAAAUUGCAAGACGCUGGCUAUGCUUUCACUUUGGGUGGUUCGGUUGGUAAGAACAGCAUUUCAACCGAGCUUCGUGUGAAGCCAAAUGACUUCAAACUAAAGAACACCGUUUGCAACGAGAAGCAGCAGUGUACGAACGUAGAAAUACAAUCGAAGCUUGAACGCGUCGGGGAUAAAUUCGACCAUGAAGCACUUGUAUCGGUGGACUUACAGCAAUUGGGUUACGCCCACGAGUUCGGAUUAACCGCCAAAACAAGCGGCAAUGGAUUCACGUUUGAUCACACCACCGAUGUUCAACUGACCAAGAAGAAACAACCCAAGUAUCAGUAUCAAUUGUAUAUUCAUCCAAACAAAGCAGGAGCCAGUUUGGUGCUGCCUAGUCGUUCAGUGGUUGUCGAGGGAGUAUUCCAGUACCCGAAAGAGAAGUUUGGUCAAUUCGACAGUACCGUCUCCUUCUACCUAGACAAGAAGAAUGCCCCGAACAACAAGGCCACCUUUGGAUUCACUGGAGAAACCAAAAUGCUGGGAUCCACCGGUGUUAGUGGAAGUGGAGCUUUAAAAUUCUCGCAUCCUACCAUUAAAGAUCUCAUGGUUAGCGCUGCCGGUGCACUAGAUGGAGAAAAACAAACCGUUGACGGACGAGUUGAGCUGGACAUUUUCAAGAACGCCAAUGACAAAAUUGUAGCAUUUGCUAAAUACGCCAACAGCGAUCAAAGUUUCAAGGGAUACAAUGUUAGUUCAGAACUGGGCGUCUCGAGCAAGGGCCUUGGAUUCAAUUGUGGAUUCAGUGGCCAUUCCGCCCUCUCGUUGGCUGCCAAACAAUUCAGCACUGCUGGCUCUAUCAAUCUUCCGUUCGAAGACUUUCGCCUCGAAUCAUUCCUAUUUGCUAGCCCCGAGGAAUUUGACUUCCUGCUGAAACGUUUCACCGAAGAAAUUGUUCGAUCUCAUGGAGUCUAUGACUCCAAGAAACAUCACGCGGAUCUAACAACGACCUUCCGAUUCGCUCCGAAUCGUCCGAUUGUACUGCAAUCAAACGUACAUGGACUGUCAUCCGCUAAAUUCUCCCUCACCCAGGACAAUAUGCUCAACGUCGAUGGAGCAUUUUCGGUUGACAAAGCUGCCACUCUGAAGGUUGUUGGAUUCGCAAAAGAACUAUUGGAUGCCAAGAUUGCCCUUGAUGCAAGUCACUUCCUAACUACAGAGUACAAGGUCGACGAAGCCAAUGUCAAGAGCUUCCUGCAGGAGUUCAACAAACAAUUGCAAGCUGAUCUGGAAGCCUCGAAGGCCGAGUUGGAGAAGAAAUAUACACAAUUUAGUGCUGAUAUCAAUCAGGUAUUCAACAACGUAAUUGCGGCCCUUCCUGACUUCAGCAAAUUCCAAGCAGAUUACACCGAACAGCUGAAGAAAAUACAGGAAGAAAUUCUGCAAGACCCAACACUGAAACAGUUCGUGGAAAAUAUCGCGAAGUUAUACGCUGCUGUGAAUGAAAUUGUUGGUAAGCUUUCUCAGGUUUAUGCUGAAAAUUUCAAAAAGAUUUCUGCCAUCGUCACUGAUUUGGCUGGAAAACUGACCGAAACAUUCAACAGCAAGAUAUUGCCCGUACUGAAAGAUCUUUACAGUAAAAUUGAAGCUUUCGUGUUCAAUAUCUACGAGGAAACGAUCAAACUAGUAGUUGCUGUGUUUGAACGUACUGUUAAAGCACUGAAGGUAUUCGAAGAAGACUUCAACAAGGUAGCCAAGAGUGUUUCGGAAAUGUUCAAGAACUUCGCAAUAACGUUCAACAAGUUCAUCGCAACGCUCGACAAAGAAUUAAAGGACUUGUACAAAUCCAUUCAAGAGUAUUUUGAUUCACUGGAUCAACUUAAGGCGAUCAAGGAAACACUCAAGGAAUAUUUUGAGGGUCUGGAUCGUUACGCCUAUCAGCUGCUGAAGGAAUUGCUGACACUGGCCGAAGACUUGUACCCUGUUCCUGAGAUCAAAGUGUUCACUUCUUCCGUUAACAAGUAUAUCACUAACAAACUGGAGAACAAACCUGUUAACGAUGUCGAGGAGUUAAAGACUAUCUUCGGAAAUCUAGUGAAGGCCAUUAAUCACUUGUUCAACAAAUUUGCUUCUACAGUGACAACUUCCCUGGAAGAACCUGGAUUCUCAGGAAGCAUUCCAUCAUUCGUAACUUUCAAACUAGUCCCAUAUGUCAGCAGCAUUAAGUUUAGUCCAUUGAACUAUUUGCGCAACGAGAAGUUCUAUUCCGUUCGUGAUUUCCUAUACCAGUUCCGUCCAUACGCCUGGAAUCCACUCGCUGUUCUGCCACCGUUCGAGAUGCACGGUGAAAUAGCUGACGGCAGUCAUUUCUUCACCUUCGAUGGUCGCCACUACACCUUCCCAGGAAGCUGCCAAUACGUACUGGCAUCGGAUUUUGUCAACGGAAACUUUAGCAUAGUCGCAAACGUAGAGAACGGAAAACUGAAAUCUAUUGCUUUGAUCGACAAGGACACAAUCGAGCUAAACGAUAAAGGUGUGGUGACAUUGAACGGAAAAACUACUGAUCUACCCCUCCACAAAAACGACGUACAUGCAUGGAGACGUUUCUAUACCGUGAAUUUGCUGACCACCUAUGGAGCAAGUGUGCUCUGUACCACCGAUCUUCAGGUGUGUCACUUCACAGUCUCAGGUUUCUAUCUUGGCAAACUCCGUGGAUUGUUAGGUAAUGGAAACUAUGAACCAUACGAUGACUACACACUUCCAAAUGGAAAAAUAUCUGAGAGCUCAACUGACUUCGCUAAUAGCUACAAAACUGCCAAAACGUGUGCAGCAGUGGCCGAUCCGGGUCACGCCACACAUGAACACAGUAGCCCAGCUUGCUCAAAACUGUUCGGCACCGACAGCUCCCUUAAAUAUUGUUACUUCUUCAAGGACCAAACCAACUAUCGUGAAGCCUGCGAGCAUGCUGUGCAUGGCGCGGAGAACCCCGAGGAGGCCGGCUGUAGCAUAGCGUUUGCCUAUGCUUCAGCUUGUCGCUUGGAACACAUUCCGGUUAGUGUGCCAGCACAAUGUCAGAAAUGUUCAGUCGCUGGAAAGGACAUCAGCGUGGGUGAUCAGUUCAGUGUCAAGUCACCGCAGAAGCAGGCCGAUGUGGUGUUGGUGGUAGACACUUCGUUAGGAAGUCUACUUGGUGAGCUGGUGCAAGCCACCAUCACCGAUCUCCGCAAAGAACUGCGAGCCAGUGGAAUUCCUGAUGUUCAUGUGGUUGUCGUAGGUUAUAACAGGAACCAAAAAUACGUGAGCCUGUUCACUAGCGAUGGAAAACUGGACUACACGGGCAAACUCGGACAGGUAGACGCUAGUGGACCAGAGAAAUGCAAACCUUUGGUUACAGGAAACAGUGACGUCGACGAGGUGAUCAAGAGUCUACACGAGUACAGCGAGAGAAUUGCGGAAGACGUGGGAGCAACUACAGACGCUCGUGCCUUCCUAGACGCUCUACAGUAUCCAUUCCGUGCCACCGCCAGCAAAUCGAUUGUGAUCAUUCACUCCGACGACAGCGACAAAGUUCCAAAUCCGGCCCGAGCUGUCAAAUCACUUCUAGCCACGCUGAACCUAAAGAUACGGGGAAUCGGACUGCAUGUGGUGACACCGCUUACGAAUCUGGGAAUAGCCAACAGCAAGGAUCAGAAGAAGGUGAAGGAAAUUGUUGGGUUCAACUCGAAACAGGCAUUCACUCUGGCCGAUAGCAAGAAACGAACCAACAUUGGAUCAACUGAGCUGAAGAACAAUCUGAAAUACGACUCAGAUUUACUGUACGAGUUGGUGUUGAAAAAUGAUGGCUACGUAUUCGCUCUCCAAAAUUUCAGCGGACUUAAGACUCCGAAAGAUAAGAAAGCGUACAUUUCAGUACUAACCUCGACGCUCGGUGACCACAUAGCACGAACAGAGAUUUCAAGCGAUUGCGUGUGCUCACUGCGAUCGGGUUUGCAUCCGGAAGAAUCUUGCGAAGCCAAGGAAACAAACUAUUUGCCACCUGUGAAGAAAGUUGGAGGUGCUAAAGGAUAAUGGUCGUUUAAAUCUGCCGAAGUGGAGCUGAUAUCCACCAAUAUUUAUUAUACCAAAAAAACAUCUCUGUAUAGGAAAGAAUCUUUAUCAUCCAAUUUCCAUUAACUGUUAAUCUCAAACGGUAUGUUCUCGUAUUGUAGUACUUCACACGAAAGAGACAAAAUAAAUGAGUAACUAUUUUUUUAA